ACUGAACGCUGCAAGUUCUCUGCCUCUCCUUCGACUCAUUCUCCUCCAAAACCCUAAUCUCUCCGCGAUCGUUCCACAAUGCCGCCGAAGUUCGAUCCCUCUCAGGUCGUCGACGUUUACGUCCGCGUCACCGGCGGAGAGGUCGGCGCCGCCAGUUCCCUCGCUCCGAAGAUCGGUCCCCUCGGUCUCUCCCCAAAGAAGAUCGGAGAAGACAUCGCCAAGGAGACAGCCAAGGACUGGAAGGGUCUCCGUGUCACCGUCAAGCUCACCGUGCAGAAUCGUCAGGCUAAGGUCUCCGUCGUCCCCUCCGCCGCCGCGCUAGUCAUCAAGGCGCUGAAGGAGCCCGAGCGUGACCGCAAGAAGACGAAGAACAUCAAGCAUAAUGGUAACAUCUCGCUUGAUGAUGUUAUCGAGAUCGCAAGGGUGAUGAAGCCGAGGUCGAUGGCGAAGGAUCUCUCCGGCACCAUUAAGGAGAUUCUCGGGACCUGCGUCUCCGUUGGCUGCACUGUUGACGGCAAGGAUCCUAAGGAUUUGCAGCAGGAGGUUACUGAUGGUGAUGUUGAAGUUCCUCUGGAGUGAUGAGGAGGAGGUGUUUGUUUCUCUCCCUCUCCUUUAGCCCCUUGUUCUGUUGGAUUUGGUGCCAUUUUCUAUAUAAAUUUUAUCAACUGUUUAAGAUUUUGUUAAGUUAAUUUUUAAUUUUCUGUUUUGGAUGAUUUAGAUGAUUUCUAAAGAUAUUAUCGGUUUAGAGUUCAUUUCUGUUUACAGGAUACUAUGUUGUUUCGAUAUAAUUUUGCAAUCGAAUUUAGUCAUGAUGAGCA